AUACGAAUGUGCGGUGGCGAAAGACAUGAUAGUUUCGGGCGUUUGUUUGGUUGUCUUGGUGAAAAUGUCUGCAGCAGAGGAAGAUACAGAGCUACGUGAUCUUCUGAUUCAAAACUUAGAAAACAACGGAGUUCUGAAUAAAAUUAAGGCUGAACUGCGUGCUGCUGUGUUUCUUGCAUUGGAGGAGCAGGACAAAGUAGAGAAUAAAACUCCCCUUGUGAAUGAAAACCUAAAGAAGUGUCUAAAUACCAAAGAUGGACGAUUGGUGGCCAGCCUCAUCACAGACUUCCUGCAUGUUUUUAAUUUAGACUUCACGCUUGCUGUCUUUCAGCCAGAAAUAAACUCUCUGAAUGGCCUGGAGAGUCGAGAAGCUGUGGCCCGUGAGCUGGGCAUCACGGACCAGGAGGGUAACAAGGGCACGCCGCUGCUCCUGGAGCUGAUUAAGAGGAGCCGGCACAAGGACAAAGCCUCAAUGUUCUCAGAGGGAGAAAGAACCAUGCCUAUUCCCAAGGAGUUAUCUCCCAGGCAGAUUGCUGAGGCCAGGAGGAAAUUUGACUUUUAUGACAAGGACAAACGUGGUGGAAUAAACAAAGAUCAGUUGAGGACACUGUUCUCGGACCUCUUCCCGGGAUUCCACAAGAAUAUGCUUGAGAGCUACAUAACAGAUGAAUUCAGAGCUUUAGACAAGGACUUCAGUAACUCCAUAGACUUCCAGGAAUUUCUGGGGAUGUAUAAACGUUUGUUUAUGCAAUGUCGAAGUGUGGUCUGCAGUGAUGUAAGUGACAUCAUUCCAAUUCCAAAUAAAUUUUCAGAAGAGAAAAUAUCUACUUCACCUUCCAGUAAGAUACCCCGAUAUAAAGGAUUUCUUAAACUCAGUGAGGAGGAGGAGGAUGAGGAGGAAAAAGCUGGCGCCAAGGCAGUCGAGGUAGGCCACAGUGACACCAGCUUGACGUUUGGGUCCAUGAAGAGCAGGGGUCAAACGCCGGUGUUGUCCAGAGAGCCAAAACACGGCGACAUAACCUCGCCACCACUGAGAAAGAGUGUGGAGGAAGAUGAGGAUGAGGGGGACUCCUUCUUCGACGACCCCCUCCCUACACCAAAGAAGACUUUUGGCUGUAGUAAUCUCGCCAAGGCAGAUAAAAGUCAUUCAGAGGCCAGUCUCUCUGAACACAACAAUAGUCGCAGAGAGGUGGGCAGGCCGAUGAAGGAGAGCAGUCUCUCUCGGGGGUCCCUUCCUCCUCUGAGGAAGAGCAGUAGCCUCAAUGAUCUGUCUGCCAUAAACAGCGAUACAGACGCGGACGACCCCUUUUCAGACAGUGAUAACGGGGGAGGGUACAGCCCAGAGCCUGUGAGGAGGAGAGCGGACCCCGUCAGACCGGCGGGCAGCCCCCCGCCCCCCCCGAGAGACGGUCCCCGGUCGAAGAGCGGAGAGCCGAACCCGCGGGACCCCGCCGACAGGAGGACGGGUAAUCACAAAGACAAAGGAUUCAGAGACUCCAAGACGGAGAGCCAAACCCGUAGCAGAGAUGGAGCCCUUGGAUCUGAUGAAGACAAUGACUAUGACGAUGAUUUCAACAGCCACAGAUCAGAUAACUCUCGAAGCGAGCUGAGCAUCGGGGAAGAGAUCGAGGAGGUCUCCAUCGAGGGACCUGACGGAAGUGAUAAGCUCGAUGACCUCACUGUGGACCUCAGCCUGUCGCAGCUCAGCCAAGGGGCAGACUACAUGGAGGAGGUGGCCUGAAAGCCGCCUGCCACUACGGCCGUACCAAGACAGCAAAUUUUAUAUUGAAUUUAUUUAAAUGUGUGUGUGUGCGUGUGAAAGAAAUGGGUAAAAAAGCAGGAUGAAAAUAAAGUUGGACCUUGAGAUUAA